CUCAGAAACUCGUCAGGAAACAUUUGUUUAAAAACAUCCAGGUUAGCUAGUUAACUUGUAAAUGUGGUUCUUCUUUCUAGUCUAAAUAACUGAGAAACUGUCUUUUAGAUUUUUCAUUUCUUGCUAGCUACAUUACUUUUCAAUACGAUCACAUUGUUGUAACGAUAUCAGAACGUUGUUGUUACACUUGGAUACUACUGCCGUUCGCUAGCUAACGCCUAGCGUAGCUACCGUUCGGUAGCAAGGCAAUUUUCGUUUCCAUAUAAGGUUAGCUUUUUGCGUUAUACACGACCGUUCAUGUGAACGUAUAGUGUGAGAUUCGAUGCCUCCUGCAAGCAAACGGGCGAGAAAAGAGGACUCACCGCUGGAAUUGGCGUGUGAGUGGGGGUCCUGCCAAGAGUCGUUCGAUCGGAUGCAGGAGUUCUGCGAGCAUGUGGAGGGUCACCUCAAGGCGCUGGACAUUGAGGACGGGGAAAAGUACUCAUUUGGUGAGCGGGAAAGGGGAGUAUGGAUUAGUCUCUUUUCACAGCCACUGUGCCUCUGACGUGGAGUGACCCUCUGUGUGAGCGAUACAAUACAUGAGACAGGAAAAGCCAGGAGAAAUAAAAGUCAAACGUUAAUUUGAUUUGAGAUAAAGUAGCUAUCUAAGGCUAUUGUGGAAGACACUCAUGUUGUACAAUGCCAUAUACAUGUAUCUUGUUCGUUUUCUGUCACUAGAGGAGCUCAGCUGUCUAUGGAUAGAUUGUGGGUUCUGCUCUGUGGAGAGUGCUGAGGAGUUUAAGCGCCACGUCUAUUUCCACUGUUACCACACCAAGCUGAAGCAGUGGGGCCAGGGGGUACUCAAGGCCCAGCCCAGCCUCGGUACCUGCACCAUUGGCCUCCACAACCGCAACAUCGUGCCUGACAUCACAGACAACUUCAUCUGCCAGUGGGAGCAAUGUGAGGUGAGGCACUGUUAGUGUGGGUCAUAUCUAGCUUAGAUGUGAAGCUUGUGGACAGACGCACAAGCUCUUUAAUUUAGAUGGGCUUAGGUUGAAUGCCCUCAAAUCUAUUCAAGUGGACCGAUUUAAGCAUAUCAGUUUAAGUGGUGAAGUUUUCAGAUCUUGUACUUUUGUUGGUCUUACUAAGAUCAUUACUAUGAGAGCAACAUGUAUUUGUGUGUAUGUGUUUGCAGCAACCCUCCUUUGCCAACCCAGAGUGGUUCUACCGCCAUGUGGAGAUGCACAGUAUGUGUAUGGACGUACCCUCUGCUGAUAAGGAGCUCUUGUUGCACUGUGGCUGGAAGGGUGAGUCCACUGACCCCUGUAAAAAUGGCAACAGUGAGUAACACAGGCUAGUUUACAACUAUUCAGGAGAAACAGAGGUGACUGUAUGUUUCAAUUGGAGAAUGUGUGGUUUUUCAUUAUUUUGGAAUUGAGGGUGAAUAAAAUAGGUAAAAGCAGGGUAUUACCAAUGUCAUGUGACCUGGAACCAGAGUUUAUACCGCUACUGAGAGUAUCACCUGUACUUAUUUCCCCCUGACUUUUCUCCAGACUGCGAGGCCACGUUUAAAAGGCGUUUUAAGAUGCGGGAGCAUUUGCGGAGCCACACCGGGGAGAAGGUGGUGGCCUGCCCAAUCUGUGGAGGGAUGUUCGCCAACAACACCAAGUUCUUUGACCACAUCAGUCGGCAGACCACCAUUGAGGGUGAGCGGGGAAGGUCAGGGAUGGAUUGGAUUUAGGGCUUUGCUAACAUUGUGGAGUAUAACCCAAUAACCCAUUUCCUUAAUGACUGACUCAUGACUGUGUCUGUUCCCUUGUCUGUCCUAGGUCAGAGGUUCCAGUGUUCCCACUGCUCCAAACGCUUUGCAACGGAGAGACUACUGAGGGACCACAUGAGGAAUCAUGGUCAGUCCCUUGAACUUUGUAUUUAUAUCACACGUUGAUCAUUCUCUGCUCUCGUUUGAUGCCCUGUAGUACGGUGUUCUGAUCUGUUCCUUUCUCUUUUUCUCUCUCCCCAUCUGCUGUUAGUGAACCACUACAAGUGUCCAUUGUGUGACAUGACCUGCCCGUCCCCCUCAUCGCUGCGGAACCACAUCAAGUUCCGCCAUAGCAACGAGAAGCCUUACAGCUGUGAAUACUGCGAGUACAGGUAGGUUAAUACAUUAGGUAAAUACUUAGGUAAUGCCCAGGACUAUAAGCCAACACCAUCCUUUUCUGACAGAGAUCAUGUCCAUACUCUGUCAAUAUUAUGACAAUGAAUUAUAUUGAAGGAGUACAUGUUUAGUGUGUGCAAGUUGCCUGAAUGUUAGUAGAUUAGUAUAGGCAGAACCCAUCCUAACCCAUCUUUCCUGUGGUGUGUGUAUCUCUCCUCAGCUGUAAGAACCAGAUCGACCUUCGUAAACACAUGGACACCCACAGCACUGAGCCGGCCUACCGCUGUGACUUCACCAACUGUGACUACACAACACGCACACUGCACUCCAUCAAGAACCACUACAAGAAAGUACAUGAGGUGAGAGGGGGAGAUUUACAAAUGUUUACCCUUUUCACUGGGCUGGCCUGGGCUGGCCUGGUUAUGCAUCCACCAUAGUUGGUGGAAAUGUGCUGAAAAUGACAAUAUGAAGUCAGCCCAGUACAGUUUGUGUCAGCUCUAUAUGGUAAGUCAGGCAUGAAUAAACAACUCUAAUAAUUGUCAGUUCCAAAACUAUGCAUGACCUAUUUUCUAAGAUGUUGCAUUUUUGUGUUGACAACUCAGGGAGAUUUUGUGGCUCGCUACAAGUGUCAUGUCUGUGAGCAGUGCUUCACUAGAGGGAACAGCCUCACUGCCCACCUCCGCAAGAAGCACCAGUUCAAAUGGCCCUCUGGACACCCCCGAUUCAGGUACCAACUACGGAGCUUUUGAACAUAGCAAACACAACAUUUACAGCCAGCAUACUAGGACAACCAAUUCUAAAGUGCAUGUGGUUAGAGAUGCAUUUAACAGCAAUGUUAACUAUCUAACAGCAUGUUUAUGUGGAGAUGGUCUGUAUUGACAAGGCCUCCAUUCAAUAUAAGUAGUUUGACUCCAGAGUCAUUAGUAGGUGAAUGAGAAAGUGAGCAUCUUUCAGUCAUCAUUUUGGUCUUGUGGCUAACUCUUCUUUCUCUUUCUUCCCUCUCUUCUCCCAGGUAUAAGGAGCAUGAGGACGGCUUCAUGCGUCUGCAGCUGAUCCGCUAUGAGAGCGUGGAGCUGACCGAGCAACUGAUGAGAGGGAGACCGGAGGGGGAGGACGCUGCCCGGACAGAUAUCCUUGGGCCUGGGGAGGAUGCCAGGGCAGUAGCACACUCCAUGGAGGUACAGGUGGAGCUGAGAGGGGUGCUGUUGGAGGAGGAGGGUGGGCCUGUGGAAGAGGGUCAGGGGGGUGUUGGGGAGCAGGGAGCGGGUGUGUUCUAUGAUUUGACUGGUGGUGACUCGUCUCAUGCAGGGGAGGACGCUGUGACGCUGCAGCUACAGGACACUGCUCAGCAGCUCGGCAUGCAGGUAGUGUAACCACUGCAACCUUCACACAGACAUACUGCUCCUCUAAUGGCUUGUUCCUCUGAGAUACGGAGCAGUGACAUAGCACAGAGAGGCACCAGGACUAAGGGAAGGACGGGAGAGCUGCACCGGGUUUUUGGGCACACCUGUCUUGGGGGUAUGCUGAGGAUGAGGAGGGGGAACUCUUCAAGGAUUUACAUAGUAUGGAUUGAAGUGAACAGUGGCUUCUAAAUAUUGGGAUUUAACCAGCAGGACUGGCCUCGUCUGUCCUCUCUCCUCACAUCACUUUGUCAGAAGAUAUGGAGUUGAUAUUGUGGAUAUGAUUUCAUGAACUGUAGUUGUUGUCCAACGUCUGAUCCGCCGUUUGUGGAGACCAAGACGGUUGCUAUGUUUUGCAUUAUUAACAAUUUUGAGCUUAGCAGAAUGGACUUGAUAGGGGUAUACUAUAAAGCAGGAUUAAUUAGUUAGCCAGCUAACUAAAUAGUCUUAAAUAACUUGUUAUAUAUAUUUUUCUGAAAGAAAAGUUUGAAAUGGGCAUGGUCUGAAGGCGUCAGCAUGCUUCAGUUGGGCUGGCACCUAGCCAAACUCGGCUAACUGAACGAGUGUGUUCCCAUACUCCUUUAAAAGACAUUUGCUUGUAAAACGAGAGAAGCGGCAAUAGUACUGUUUGUCCAUUUUGAGACGCGUAGCCAGUAUACACUACCUCCAAGUAAUCUGAAUGAAUCUAAGAUAACUCAAGAAAUCUAUCAUUAAUCUUGACGUUUAUGACGAAGAGAUCUUAGUCGCGCAAUUUUACAUCUAACUAAGAUGUUUGGUGAAGUUUUUUUCAAUGAAAAAAUGUGCAUGAAAAUGAGUUGUCUCUCGUUGAAUGACAUCAAAGACUUUAUUGAGGAAUCCAUACUGUUGACCAAACACUGAGGAAGGGGCGUAAACUUUGGCUCCGAAAUUCGGCUUGCCUCCAGAAAUAAAUGUGUGUGUGCCGAAAAAACCCUCACCGAAGUCUAAAACGAACAAAAACGUCACAAACUGUCAUCUUAAUAUAUGCACGAACUCUACCGAACUGUUUCGGCUGGGAAGCAUGCGCAUGCCUUAAUUCAGUGUUUUCCAACUCCAGUCCUCGAGUACAUACAACAGCACACAUUUUUGUUGUUGCCCCGGACAAUUUCAUCUGAUUCAACUCAUUGAGGGUUUGAUGAUUAGUUGACAAGCUGAAUCAGGUGUGCUUGUCCAGUGCUACAAAGAAAAUGUGCUGUUGGAGGUACUCGGGACCGGGAGUUGGGGAAACACUGGCCUAAUUGACUCAACAAGUUUAACUUUCUUAUUGAACCAGAAAAUCAAUAGUUAUUGCUGGUUGUUUAUCUAAGUUAGCUGGCUAACUCAUUGAUCCAGCUUUGUAUUAUGCCCCUCAGCUGUUUGAUUUGACGUUUGUUUUCUAUUGUGCGCAAUAAACAGAUUGUAUUUUUCAUCGCUGUCACUCACCUUUUUGAGCUUGAAUGUUUUAGUUUGAUGCAAAUUUCAGAACAUUGCAUGUAGAUGUGAACUGAUGAUUCUCUAUCAAGUGAAGCAGAACAUUGUGGAAUAUUAGAUAUCUAUAUGUUGUGCUGAAUAAUCCUACAGAAAUAGAUUUACUGCAUGUGCGUGUGUGUGCCCCUGCGUGUGCGUGACGUGAAAGAGCGAGGGUGGGGGAGUGAGGGAGCGCUCUAUGGCGUAGAAUCUAAUCCACUUAGUGGUGCUCUUACAUCCGGCUUGUUGCCCGUCAGACACUUCCUCCAAUGAUGGACAAGACCGGCACACACAGAGAGCGAGCGAGGCUACGUACAGGACAGAAAUAGAAUGUUCAGAGGCUGUUAAUCAAUCUAUCACAUUUAUUUAUAAAGCCCUUUUUACAUCAGCAGAUGUUACAAAGUGCUUAUACAGAAACCCAGCCUAAAACCCCAAACAGCAAGCAAUGCAGAUGCAGAAGCACGGUGGCUAGGAAAAACUCCCUAGAAAGGCAGGAACCUAGGAAGAAACCUUGAGAGGAACCAGGCUCUGAGGGGUGGCCAGUCCUCUUCUGGCUGUGCCGGGUGGAGAUUAUAAGAGUACAUGGCCAUUUAAGGCCAGAUUGUUCUUCAAGAUGUUCAAACCUUCGUAGAUGACCAGCAGGGUCAAAUAAUAAUCACAGUAGUUGUGGAGGGUGCAACAGGUCAGUACCUCAGGAGUAGAUGUCAGUUGGCUUUUCAUAGCCGAGCAUUCAGAGGUUGAGACAGUCGGUGCGGUAGAGAGUCGAAAACAGCAGGUCCGGGACAAGGUAGCACGUCCGGUGAACAGGUCAGGGUUCACAAGCCGUAGGCAGAACAGUUGUAACUGGAGCAGCAGCACGACCAGGUGGACUGGGUACAGCCAGGAGUCAUCAGGCCAGGUAGUCCUGAGGCAUGAUCCUAGGGCUCAGGUCCUCCGGGAGGGAGAGAGAGAUAAUUAGAGGGAGCAUACUUAAAUUCACACAGGACACCAGAUAAGACAGGAGAAUUACACCAGAUAUAACAGACUGACCCUAGCCCCCCGGCAUAUAUACUAUUGCAGCAUAGAUACUGGAGACUGAGACGGGUGGGUCGGGCGACACUGUGGCCCCGUCCGACGAUACCCCCCGGACAGGGCCAACCAGGCAAGAUAUAACCCCACCCAUUUUGCCAAAGCACAGCCCCCACACCACCAGAUGGAUAUCAACAGACCACCACGAAGAUCUCCUCCACCGCACGAGCCCGAGCGUGGUGGAUGCCACUCUAUUCAACGGCAGAGAUGGAAUCAAUACGUUUUACUCUUAAGUCUGCAGACGCCGUGCAGCUAUUGCAAUGCACUCAAGAAAACCAUCCUUAUAACGAUAUAUGUAUUUCUCGCCUCCUUUUCUUAUACACUACAAUUGCACAUCCGCGCAAAACUGUAUAAUGUACAUGAAUAUAUCUGCAACCCAUGCUAUGACUCUGUGCAAGCACAGCACACAGUAUCAUAUCUGUGGUGGUGGUGGAUGGGUUGUUGUUGUUAGCUGUGUUUAAAAGAUUAACCAGUCCUAGGAGCUUAGUGUAAGCAGGACUCGCUGUGCUCUGCUUCCUCACUCGGUCUCUGGACCCUUCUGCAGAUAGAUCAUACAGAACACCUGAAGACUACUAGCCAUGCUUCUGUGUCUUUAUGGAGAUUUCAAUUGAAGAUGAAGCAUGCAUGGAUGAUUCAUGAGUUUUUUAGUUUUGCUUUGGUUCAGAACUGAGCUGUCAGAUGUGAGUGGUGUUUACCUCCCCUGCUUGUAGAGGCUGCUACUGAGGGACAGAAAACAGGCAACCAUGAGACUGUACUCAUUGCUGCUACUGCUCCUGGGGUCCUCACAUGGGUUGUUCACACAGCUGCCUGAGUUAAUGGAGGAUGAGGAAGGUAGCGGUAAGAUAUUUUACUAGGAAUAUUCUUUGUGAUGGUUAUUGAAAGUGCUUAACGUUCAAGAGGUUUACCCUUGGUUCAGUAUAUACAUUUUAUUGAUUUGUCUUAUCCAAAGUUACUUACAGUCAGGUCCAGAAUGUAUGUAAUCUGAUGGAAUUGUAAUGAUUCAUUCAGGUUUGACAGAGGUAACUUAGUGUAUAUUAUCUGAUGGAACUGAUCUGAUUCAGGUGUGACAGAGGCGACUCCAGAGCCAGAACCUGUGGAUGACACCUACUGGUCAGGCACAGCCCCCAUCUGUAUGGGUGGUUGUAAGGGGAGACACCAGGAACUGAAGAAGGAUCGCUGUGGGGACUCUGACUGCUGCUGGUUUGGCUACAAAUCCCUCUGCAGAGGUACCACUCACACGUGUGACCUGUAUCUGCUGUACCCUGCUCUCUCACUGUAGCACAUCCAUAAAAAUCCCAUCAAAUUGUAUUUUCCUUAACAGCAGGAAAUGAAUGAAUUUGUCAGUAUACUGAAAUGUAACAGAAACUAAAAUGGGAAAUACAUUGAACUACUUUUACAUUAUCUUCUCAUACAGUUUAUUAGUCAUGUGGAUUGUUCUCUACUUUGCUCGUGCUCUAUUGUGUUUGUCCUGUCCUGUGUGGUUCAGUGAACUGUGGGAGGCCUGACGUGGACUAUAACGGGAUGGUGUACGGGAACGACUGGUGGGUGGGCUCAGUGGUCCGGUACGCCUGUCGCCCUGGCUUCCUAUUGGUGGGGGACCCUGCCCGAGCCUGCCAGUCCAAUGGAGGCUGGACCCCCAAACCCUCCUGUCUCAGUGAGUGGCCCAUUUGUUCAGUGAUCAAAGACCCCACUAAUUUGCCUUCACUACAUGGCACUACUCCUUGUAGGUGUGAAGAAGUAGCGUUCAAUGUCAUUGUGUGAAUGUAGCCAGCUCACCGUAGCCUGUUUGUUCAUACAGCCUCAUUGAUCACCAUUAAUUUUGCCCCCACAACACCUCAGGGAACACACAUCUUAGUACACUAAAGUGAGUAGUCCUUUACCUUUCUUUCUCUUACCUCCACAUCACGUCUCUGCUCCUCCACACCCCAUCCCCUCUACCCCCGUCCCCCCCUCUCUCCCUGGGCCAGGGGUGUGUCGUCAGGGCCGUGUGGAGAUCACUGAGAAGGAGCUAGAAACGGCUACCUGCUCAUCCACCUGUCCUCUUAAGUCCUACAUGGGGCCUCUUAAGCAGGGCUGCUACCGCAUCGACAACUGCAGGAAGAUAAAUCCUGACUGGAAGCGCUGGUUCACCCGCUGUGACACGUGCCUGUGUGAUUGCCACAUCGCCUGUGGUGAGUAGUACACUUUUACGCCCUUGAGUGGUACAGUCCAUUGACUGAUGGUAGCUAAAUAACUGGGCAUGUCAACUAGCGGGGCAAUGAAGUUAAACCAGAUUGGCUGGUUUCAAUGAAUGGAUGGGAUGAAUGCGUGUGAGUUUGUUGGGUUCUUGAAAAAUUUGUACUCUAGAGUGUGGUUAAUUUGUUAGCAUUACAUUUGUUCACAACAUGUUUAUUGAAUAUUAUUUCCAACUAAAGGUAACCCAUGCAUAUUUCACGAGUUCUAAACUCUUUGGCCUGCACAACAAACACUUCCCCACAAUGUCUUCUUUUAGCAUCUUUAGGUUAAAAGACGGACGUAUUCCACUAUUGAGUGACUAGAAUAUGUAUUCCAAAACAACCACAAGGAAUAUCAGUGACCAGCUUAACAUCACAGAUGCUCAUCGGAAUCUUAAUCGGAAUGCUGAAAUCCUCAUCGGACUACUGCUGCUUCAUCUGCUGUCGGAAGGAGGAUCAAAGGGGAACCUAGAGAGACAUCUCUGUGGAACUAACAAACAGUCUGUCGCGACAGACUGCUGUGGUCCUAACCUCAACCUCAUAGAGCACCGAGGCAAAGACACUCUACGUUUCCUCAACGCACACCCCGACUACGUAAAGGACUCAUCGUGA